CACAUGCAACAACAACAGCAAUCGCAGCAGAUGAACCACCAUCAACAACAGCCACCAACGGCGCCGCCACCCCACCAUCAUCAUCAUCAUCAUCAUACGCAUCAUCCAGCGGCGGCGUCGGCCGGACCACUGCACGGUAUGCCACACGGCGGACCGCCCCAUCUGCAUAACAUUGCUGCACAUCAGCAGAACCACCACCAUCCGCAACAGCAGCCACCCCCGCCACAGCAGGGUCCCCCGCACCAGCAUUAUGCACACCCGCAUACCCAGCAGCAACAGCAGCAGCAGCAAUUGACCUUUGCCGAGACGACCAAGUCGACCAUUCUCAAGACGGCGACAGCGGCCGGCGGUGGUACUGGUGGAGCGGCCGGUGCGGCAGGUUACGUUCUGCAGGAGAAUUAUUAUAAUUCAGCAACGGCGGCUUCGUCGGCCGCCGCACUGAUCGGUCACUCACCGUACGGUGUUGGAACGGUUGUUCCACCGAUCGGUGCCGGCACUGCUGGUGUUGGUGCCACAAUAUCGGCUAGCAAGCCUCGAUUCAAACUCUAGGCACGAGGACGAGAAGGGUACACAUAUACAGUCAGCUGUAUAAACCCCUUUUAUGACAGAUGAAAAGAAGUAAUGCUGAUGCGAGCAGGGCUAGAUUGUUAGGAGGAGACUAGGAUUGAUGGGGAGGUUACAGUACGCGGAAAAAAACAAGAAAGUAACACGACCCCGGAAGAGAAAAAAACAACAAAAAAACAUGAAAUGAAAACUUCAUUUAUUAUAAACAAACACUAUCCUUAAAUAUUAUUGAUUAAAAGAAGAAAAAGAAACAAAAAAUGAAUACAAACACAACAAAUCAACAAAAUAUGCAUUAUAUUAUACACACUCUCAAAACGAAACGAAGCAGUAGCAAGGAAGACACUCUAGUAGCGAA